CUCAUUCAAUUAAUGACGUGAUAGGACAAGUCCUUUGCUAAUAAUUUAAUUUAAUACCUAGCAAAUAAAAUAAAAUUUCUGUAUUUUAAUUUGAUGGUGGAUUGAUUAUUCACACAAAUUUAUUAAAAAUUGUGUUCAUACGAUUAAUCCGCUAAGGAAACUGUGGAAACAUGUCUGGAGCCCACAAAAAUCGUUAUAAGAAUGCAGGUCUAAGCGCAGAUGAAUUGCGAAGACGCAGGGAAGAAGAAGGAGUCCAACUUAGAAAACAGAAAAGAGAGCAGCAAUUAUUUAAACGUAGAAACGUUAACCUCCCAACUUCUAAUGUUCCAGAUGUUUUAGCCCUUCAAGAUGAUAUCAGCUUGUCUCCAUCAGACGACAUUACUCCGGCAAUGGUUGCAGCACUCUAUGGUGACAAUCCUCAAGAACAAGUUAUGGCUACCCAAAAAUUUAGAAAGUUACUCAGUCGUGAACCAAAUCCUCCUAUCGAUGAAGUAAUUCGGACUGGAAUAGUUCCUAAAUUUGUUGAAUUUCUUACAAACAGUUCAAACCCUACACUUCAGUUCGAAGCGGCGUGGGCGCUGACGAACAUAGCGUCGGGCUCGUCGGAGCAGACGCGCGUGGUGGUGGAGUGCGGCGCCGUGCAGGUGCUGGUGUCGCUCGUGUCCAGCGUGUGCAGCGACGAGGUGCGCGAGCAGGCUGUUUGGGCGCUAGGAAAUGUAGCCGGGGACUCCCCACGUUGCCGCGACACCGUUCUCGCUGCUGGCGUUUUACCACCACUUAUAGAAAUAUUGAACAAAUACACUAGGUUAUCUAUGACCAGGAACGCUGUUUGGACACUGUCGAACUUGUGUCGAGGCAAAACUCCACCUACAAACUUUGAAGCAGUUGCACCAGGUAUCCCCGUGCUGGCGCGCCUGCUGCACCACGCGGACGCCGACGUGCUGAGCGACGCGUGCUGGGCGCUGUCCUACCUGUCCGACGGGCCCGACGAGAAGAUCCAGGCCGUCAUCGACGCAGGAGUUUGCAGAAGAUUGGUCGAGUUGCUCAUGCACAACAAAUCGACCGUAGUGUCGGCGGCCCUGCGCGCAGUCGGCAACAUAGUGACCGGCAACGAUGCGCAGACGCAGGCGGUGCUCAACUGCAACCCGCUGCCCAACCUGCUGCAGCUGCUGGGCUGCAACACGGAGGGGCUGCGGAAGGAGGCGUGCUGGAUGCUGUCCAACAUCACUGCUGGCAACGCUGUGCAGAUACAGGCAGUCAUAGACGGAAACAUAUUCCCGACUUUAAUUGAAAUUUUAAGACAAGCCGAAUUUAAAACGAGAAAAGAAGCCGCAUGGGCGAUCACGAACGCCACUAGCGGUGGUACACAGGCACAAAUAAGAUAUUUAGUAGAACAAGGAUGCAUACCGCCACUCUGUGAUUUAUUAACGUUAACUGACCCAAAAACCGUGCAAGUCGCCCUCAAUGGACUGGAUAAUAUAUUAAAAGCAGGCGCACAGACAGACCAUCAUGACAACCCUUAUGCAGCUCUUAUUGAAGAAUGUUACGGUCUAGACAAGAUAGAGUUCCUCCAAUCUCACGAGAACCUCGACAUCUACAAGAAAUCUUUCGAGAUCAUCGAGAAUUACUUCGGGUCGGAGGAGGAGGACGGCCGCCUGGCGCCCGCCGUGUCGUCCUCCACCGACCAGUACCAGUUCAGCGACCAGCCCCUGCCCAGUGGCGGGUUCCACUUCUAAACUAGAGGAUGUGGAUUGGCAACAAUUACCUGCGUGACGACUAGAUCGCUGGAGAAACGCUUACACAGGAUUGUUAUUAUAAAUAUUUUGCACACACUAUGUAUAGAUAUUUUAUUUAUUUAUAAAUAUGAAUUUUUUAACAAAACUCGUCUACUAUUAUUUUUGCUCUUGUAUAGUUAACUGCGUAUCUUAUUUACAUAUGAUGUAGUUAAAUGUGUGUGGGAACAGAAUUAUUACAUAACUAUGUAUUGGAGCACUUAGAUUUAGGAUUCCGAAGUAAAAAAGUUAAUAAACUGAUAAUUCUCACUAUGUUAAUGUCAGAGUAAUAUUUUUCGUAACUGUAUAAAAUAUAGAAGGCUUGCUUCUCUAGGUUUUAAAGCAUUUCUUAUUUAAAAGUAAGCAGUUACCUAAUAGUAAAUUAUUAGACUGUUCAGAAAAAAGGCAAAAAUGGGCAUUUAUUUGUAAGUAACAACAGUAAUAAUUCGGUUAACUGGUAGUUGUUUGUUCUGUUGCCCAUUCUUUGUGCAAUAUUGUUAAUAUUUUAGCAUUUUGUGAAAAAUUACUUGUGUAUUGAUUCAGAGAACUAUUAACUAUUUUAAACCACCCCACAUAUAUAUUUAUUUCAGGCUUCGUUAUUGUAUUGUAUGUUUAAAGUUAACUUGUCUGUGGUAUUGUCUGCGUAUACAGGUACAGAUCGGUGUUUUGAUUGUACUAAUUAAUGGUUAUUGACCUGAACAAUGUUCUCAACAUUGUUCUUUGUCCACUAUGGGACACAAGGAUGCACACAAGCUUGAUUAUUAUAUUUUAUGUACAUACUUUUUAAAUGUUAUUUUGUUCAUAUUGUCCGAAGUAUUUUGUUGACUAACUUAAUGAGGAUGAUUCCUCCGUGACUUUUACAUGCCAUCAGAUUUAAAUUUUAUACAAUGUAUAAAAAUACUGCGUAUAAAAUUUUUGUGGAAAUGAAUUUCUCGGAAUGAUAUAUACCUUGUCAUAGAUCAUGAAUAGCGACACUGCCCGCUCGUUUUCCAUACUCGCAUAUGCUCGAGUAAAGCUGACAAUGUGAUCGAAGGCUUAUAUACAAUCACGCUUCAGCCGGCUUUGUUAUUCUACUUACUAUUUAAAUUGUGUGACGCAGAUACGUAACAAAGUAUGUAUACAAGUUAAUUGGAAAGACUGCGAUUAUUAAUUUGACAUGUUUUCAUGAUUAACAAUAUAAACUUUUAAUUAAAACUGGUAAUAUCAAUUACAAAAUACUUCGGUUAACUAUAAAAUUUAUUUGUUUAUAACAAGAAAUAUAUACAGGAAAACAAAUACAACGCUUUGUAAUGUAUUACAGCUCUAACUUGGGUUUUAAUCACGUUAAAAUUUCUAAAACAUCUGUGUUUUUAUUUUAAUCCUUUUUUCGAAGCCACGAUAUGAAACGAGACGAUUGAUAGAAAAUAAAAGAUAGUCGGAUUUCGACGAAAAUUCUCAGAUUUAUGUGAAGAUUUGAUUUUAUAUCCAUAGAAUACAGGGUUAUAUAGUAGGUAUUGUUAUACAUACAAAACUUUGCAACAAUAGCCAAAAACAUAAAACAAAUAAUAAGAGGUUCGUUAAGUACUUAAUUACAAUAAAAAAUGAUUAACUAAGGUUUCAUUGUAUUGUCGUGACAUUUGUAUGUAUGUCUAUGUUAAUACCUACAAAGACGCGUGACGCUCAUUGUUCAAAUUCAAACGUAUAGGUAAUUGGUAUUUAUUUUUGUAUGUCAGUACAGAACAACCUUUGUGCUGCACUGAUACUUGUUUAUUACGUUAGCGUCCCCUUCUUGCGAGGUCGAUGAUGUUUUACAAGUAUCCUUGUAUAAAAGAAGAAGUGCCUGAAUCGAUUAACGUGCCGUGGUAAGUAGCUAUAUGGCUGCUAUGGCUUUAAGGUUUUUGAAGGACUGUAUCUCUGGGGACGAAGAGAGGAUUUGGUUUUCCCAUUUAAGAAGUAAUUUUAAAUAAUAUUCAAUUUUAUUUCCAAUUUUAUAAUGAUUUUAUUUUGUGAAAGUAUGAGAUUAUUACAUUAAAUCUGGCAGGUGAAGUACCCUAACUACCUAAUCUUACUCGAUUACUUCUUUUUUAGAUUUGUUCUCAGAAUGCUAUUGAGAGUUUUUCGUUCACGAACGUGGUGAUAGUGUAAUGUGGUGUAACGUGGUCCGUUUAAACAAAAUUUUAAAAUAA